AUCCCAGCGAGAGUCGGCCGAGUUGGACUGGACGCGAGAUUCUCCGGCGAGCGCGCGCGCACACACGACACGAUCCCGCGGCGCGCUCGCGUCCACGCCCUCUCGCCACACAUCCACAGGCGACGCCGCGGUUAAAAAACCCUCCGCUUCCGCCACGCUCUGCGGUGUUGCCUGUGUUGGUGGUGGUGGUGGUAGGCUAGGAGGAGGAGGAGGAGGAGGAGGAGAGUGGUGAUGGCGGCGAUGGCGGCGGCCGUGGCCGCGUCCCCCUCCCCCGCCGCCGCCUCCGGCCGGCUCCUCCGCGGCGGCCACCCGCUCCCCUCCUCGUCGCUGCUCCGCCUGACGCGGUCGUCGAGGCGGCUACGGCUGCUGCCGCCGGCGCGCGUCGCGGCGGCGGAGGAGGCGGACGUGCUCCCGGGGCCUGGGGCCGAGGGGGAGAUGGCGGCGGGGAGGCUGGAGGAGCAGCCCGAGGGGGCGAUCGGGGGGAGCCAGCUCGACAUCGGGGGGCUCGCCUUCCAGGGGGACAUGGGGGGAGGGUUCGCCGGCGGGAGCGGCGGGACCGGGGCCGGCGGCGGGGACGGCAACAAGAUGCUGGACCGCGGCAUCAACACCGCCAUCGUGCUCGGCGCCAGCACCUACGCGCUCACCAAGCUCCUCACCGUCGACCACGACUACUGGCAUGGGUGGACGAUCUUCGAGAUCCUGCGGUACAUGCCGGAGCACAACUGGUCGGCGUACGAGGAGGCACUCAAGACCAACCCGGUGCUCGCCAAGAUGAUGAUUAGUGGCGUCGUCUACUCCCUCGGCGACUGGAUUGCACAGUGCUACGAAGGCAAGCCGAUCUUUGAGUUCGACCGUGCUCGGAUGUUCCGGUCCGGCCUCGUAGGGUUCACGCUUCACGGCUCCCUUUCGCAUUACUACUACCAUUUCUGUGAGGCACUGUUCCCGUUCAAGGAUUGGUGGGUUGUUCCCGCAAAGGUUGCGUUCGAUCAGACGGCCUGGUCUGCGAUGUGGAACAGUAUCUACUUUGUGGUAUUGGGGUUCCUUCGUUUUGAAUCACCGUCCACUACUUUCAGUGAGCUCAAAUCCACGUUUUGGCCCAUGCUUACUGCUGGGUGGAAGUUAUGGCCUUUUGCGCACUUAGUUACAUAUGGUCUAAUUCCUGUUGAACAAAGACUUCUGUGGGUUGACUGCGUGGAGUUAAUCUGGGUUACAAUACUGUCAACUUACUCCAAUGAGAAAUCUGAAGCAAGGAACUCUGAGGAUGCUUCCACAGCAAAUGCUUCCAAUGACAAUUCAAGAUAGCGAUCAGUACAGCCAGCCAAGCUUCUCUUCACCUUGGUCCCUUUGGGCUUGUAUAUAUUGUACAAUUCGUAGCUGCAGCUCUGCAGGUGUAACAUUUUGGCAAAGAUACAUGAAACAUAUAAGCUGUGCAGCAAAUGCCAAAGGCAAUCAAAACGAAAUUACCUACACAGGAU